AAAUACUGUAUCAUGCUAGAAUUAUAAUCAAACCCAUUCAUAACCUACAUUUAAGAAGCUGACUAGCUUACUUGUAUGCAGAUCAUGUAGCCUCAAACCUUAAAACGCAAUCGUUUUGUGUUUCAAUCGCGCUUGAUAAAUUUACACCAUUUUGCUCUGUAUUCACUAUGUUUUAUGAAUGAGAGGAGGCGAGGAAAGGGAACAGCGUGGUUCCGCCCCCAUCAGGAAAUGACGACACGACAGUCAACACGCGGAAGUUCCGUGUUUAGUUGAUUAGUGACGUUGUGCCUGAGACAAAUGUGCCUUGCUUCAGCUAAACGGGAUGAAUGAACUAGUUGUGCUACCCGAAGAGAUUCAUUGAAACAGCAGCAAACAAGCACUUCAUGGUCAAUCCGAUGUCUGCAUUAGCCGUGCGGUAUUUACGGUGACAUGUCCUCUGCAGAAGUCAGGGAAUUCAUACUUCUUUGCGCUUCGUAGAGCAGUUGUGAAGGAAGAUGUUCAAAGAAGACAGAGGCAGGAUGUUGGAGUCCUAUGUCACGCCCCUGUUGAUGACCUACGUGAACAAAUACAUCAAGAACCUGAAGCCCUCUGACCUGCAGCUGUCGCUAUGGGGAGGAGAUGUGGUACUGAGCAAGCUGGAGCUGAAGCUGGAUGUCCUGGAGCAGGAGCUGAAACUGCCCUUUACCUUCCUGAGCGGUCACAUCCACGAGCUGCGUAUCCACGUACCCUGGACCAAACUGGGCUCAGAGGCCGUGGUCGUCACCAUUAACACCAUGGAGUGUAUCCUCAAACUGAAGGAUGGCGUACAGGACGACCAUGAGAGUGGUUCCAGCUCCACGAGUCGCAGCGCCUCAGAGAGCUCCAAGACCCUUAGCAAGCCGCGCCGUCUCCAGCAAGCCGCCCCGUCCGACCCAGACCUGCCCCCAGGCUACGUCCAGAGUCUGAUCCGUCGGGUGAUCAACAACGUCAACAUCGUGGUGAAUAACCUGAUCCUGAAGUACGUGGAGGAUGACAUCGUCCUGUCUGUCAACAUCACCUGUGCUGAGAGUUACACCGUCCACGAGUUCUGGGACCGAGCCUUCAUGGACAUCACAGCUCCUGAUCUGGUGCUGCGUAAAGUGAUCAACUUCAGCGACUGUACGGUGUGUCUGGAUAAGAGGAACGCCAGUGGAAAGAUCCAGUUUUACCAGGAUCCUCUCCUUUACAAGUGUUCCUUCAGGACGCGACUACACUUCACCUACCAGAACAUCAACUCUAAGAUCCCUGCUGUCAUCAAGAUCCAGACGAUGGUCGAGUCCCUGAAGCUGUCCAUCACAGACCAGCAGCUGCCCAUGUUCAUCAGGAUCAUGGAGCUGGUCCUCAGCCUCUACUACGGAGAGAUAGGAGGAGGAGGGAAGGACGGAGAGGGAGAGGAGGGGAGCGGAGAUAGAGAGGUCAUCACUACACCAGCUCCUCUCCCCAGCCCCCUGGCCGAGUGGUUCACCUACAGCCCCACAGCCCCCAGCUCCUCUCCCCUGGAAGGGUCUGGAAGGAGACCCAGAGGCCCAGGCCAUGGCAGGACAGUACCCCAGCCCAGAGAUGUACAUGCAGGGGAGGAGGGGGACCAGGGCUGGGUGUCCUGGGCCUGGUCCUUCGUCCCAGCCAUCGUGGGAGCUGAGGAUGAGGAGGGAGAGGAAGGCUUCUACCCGCAGGGGGAAGAGGGAGGCCGCUCCAGCCCGCAGCAGAACCCACCGAAAGACCCUGUUGUCUCCAUAGGCUUCUACUGCACCAAGGCCUCUGUCACAUUCAAGUUGACAGAGAUGCAGGUGGAGAGCAGUUACUACAGUCCUCAGAAGAUGAAGAGCAGGGAGGGACUCUGUCUGGAACAGGAGGGCAUCACCAUGGAGGUGCUGAUGAUGGGGGAACCCUUCUUUGACUGUCAGAUCGGCAUCGUGGGCGUCCGGGCGCUCUGCCUGAAAGGCAUCAUGGGAGUGCGGGACUUUGAGGAGAACUUGAACAGACGGGAGGAGGAUGCAGUGUUCUUCAGCUGCGGGGAGAGUCUGAGCAGUAAAGGGAUGACCUACCUGACCAACUCGCUGUUCGACUACCGUUCCCCAGAGAACAACGGGGUCAGAGCAGAGUUCAUCCUGGACGCCACCAAUCACAAGGAGACCUACACAGAGAUAUCAGGCAUGCAGCGCUUUGGGGCAUUCUACAUGGAUUACCUCUACACAGUGGAGACCAGCAGCACCAACGUGUGUGUUGGGCAGCAGGACUUCACCAUGGCCGUAGGGCCUAAGGAAGAACCGGUCCCCCCUGUCCAAGAGACGUCUGUGAAGAGGCUGGUGGUCGGACCUCUGGACUUACGGCUCAACAGCAGCGCCGUGCACCGCCUUCUGAAGAUGCUGGCCUGUGCCAUGGACCACGAAUACCAACCCUACUGCCAACCACAGCCAGACCCAGUGGAGGAGCCCCGACCUCCAGCCACCCAGGAGGAGGUAUCAGUGCUGGAGGAGUUUAUCCCCACCAGGCUGACCUGCCUCACCCUGCAGAAGGUCACUGUCACCCUCUCCAUGGCCGAGUUCAACCUCCUACACACACUGAUGCCAGUCAUCAUGGGACAGAAGGCCCCGCCAGGUCCGGUCAGUGUGCCAGUCUUCCAGGCGGUGCGGCCCCUGCCGGCCCUCAGGAUCCAGGUGGACAGCGUUAAUGUGGAGCACUCUGUUCCCAUGUUCGCCCCUGAGCUCAUCAGCACGGUGUCCUCUCUCAGCCAGCCCUCUGAUAACCUGCUGCACCACUGUUAUACACACUGCUACCUCAAGGUGUUUGGUUUUCAGGCUGGUUUGACCUGUCUGGACAGUACAGGCAGUUUCCUCCCUCUGUCCCCUCUCAUCCCAUCCUUCAGUACAGCCCUCUACGGCAAGCUGCUCCAGAUGCCUCGGUGCUGGACAAAGCGUUCGUCGGUCCUGAUCACCGAGUGUAUUUUUGAGCUGCCCCACUUCGCAGUGCAGGCCACUCGUCCCCAGAUCCUGCUCCUCCAGGCCAUGCUGCAGAGCUGGACACACAGCCUGGGAGACGGUUCCUACCCAGGGGUCAACGAGGCCCUGCUCAGCCAUGUCUACACAGCACCAGGUGUGAAGUCUCCCUCUCCUCCUCCUCCUCCUCCGACCCUGGAGGCCUCGGUCCAGAACGUGGAGCUGAAGUUCUGCAGCAGAGCGACGGUGAACUGUGCCGGGGGAACCGUGGGAGCUGUUAAAGUGUGCGCCAGGACCCCAGGUUCACCAGAGGGUGUUAAGGAGAAGCUGGUUCCUCUGCUACAGGGUCCGUCUGACACUAAAGAACUUCAUCAGAGUCGCUGGCUCAAUGAGCUCCGUAAGCCUGAGUCUCUGCUGGCCCCAGACCUCCUGACCUUCUCGGUGCAGAUACCCCGGCGCGGGGACGACGGCCAUAACUCCUCUGGUAGGUUCCCACACCUCUACAGCUACAACAUCUAGCUGCUACGGUGUAGAUGAAACCUCUGGUCGUUCAGACCAGUUAAAUCAUCGACCUUCUAUACGACGUCUAGUACAACAAUACCGAAGUCCUCCACAGGUCAUGUGAUCAGUUCCCUACGUCAUGUGAUCAGUUCCCUACGUCAUGUGAUC